AUGAAGGCCGCUGUGAUCUCGCCCGCGCUCUCGAUCUGGUGGAAGGUCGGCGCUAUCUCCGGCGCCAGCGCUGUGCUGCUUGGUGCGGGCUUUCGGUGCUCAUGGACUCAAGAACCACGUGAAGAACCCGCAUCUGCUCAAGAACUGGGAGACGGCAGCGCACUACCAGUUGAUCCACUCGGUAGUGCUGCUAGCCACGCCCAUGUGUCGACGACCGGGACUAGCGGGAGGUCUCAUCACGACUGGCACGAUGCUCUUCUCCGGCUCGCUGUACGCCCUGACGCUCACGCAGCAGAAGAAGCUCGGCAUGAUAACGGUGCGUAG